AUGGACAAACCGCCGUCACCUCUCGGUACUUUAGGCAACCUAGCGCUCGAGCUCCGACAUCAAAUUUACAAGGAGGUUAUUGCAGACGGGUUUAUUGUCGGCUCUGAAGAUGAUAUCGGGAAGCUUUACCGUUCAAGGCAAGAAUUGGGGAUUUUGCAGGUGUCACGCGCGGUAUAUCUAGAAGUAAAAAAAGUACUGGAUCGAGAUGCACGUGUCCAUUUUCAGGUGGUGUAUGGCGAUGGAUUCUUUGGCCAUGGGAUCGAAGAGCUGGACCGACUAGAGGCUCUCCGUCAAAGGAAUCUUUCCGCAACUCAACACGUGAUGUUUGACCUAUACGUGGAUUGGAAAGACGUUGACGCUAUAAUUGAGGAUUACAUCGCUCGAGGUGUACUCAAACAAUGUCCACCACAUGGUAUCGCCGGGGAGCAUUCACCGCCUUCGGAGGGGACAUGGGUGAAAAGUUGGCAAAAAUUAUUCGACCAACUGACCAAUCUCAAGACCUGUGAGCUUGCCAUCAUACUCAACCCAGUCACCGAUGAAUAUUUUCAGCCCUUGAAUGUACUGGAACUACCGUUAAAAGAGAUGUGCUGGUCAUUUCGGGAUCUCGAGCAAGUGACCAUCACAGUAGCGAGCUGUGAUUGGGACUAUCCUGAUCAAUCACGUGCAACAACAGAGCGGAUGGAGCCAAGCUUACACCAGUCAAUGCUUUACUUGCGAAGGGCGUUCAAGUCGUAUUUGGGCCCAUGUGGAAGAACGGAAUAUUUCGAUUGGUGUGAAAGUACAAGUGUCGAGGAUUUUUCGGAAGGAGACUUUACGCAAAGUGCUACCCUCACCUUUCAUCCACGUUCCGCAGUUUUUGAGAGCGACGCUGUUGACCCAAUCAUGGAAGACCGAUAUCUCCAGAUGUUAUUAGACCAGACCCAGCAGAUCUACUUUAGGUAG